AUGAUGAUGCAAACAUUAUCGUAUUCUUUUCUUUCUCUUCGAUGCAAUGUUGGGGAUGGUAGCAAGGUCUUGUUCUGGUUUGAUUACUGGACUGAGUUAGGACCACUACAUAUGCUCUUUGGUUCGUCGGGGCCCCGAUCACUAAGGAUCCCUCUCACUGCUACUGUUUUACAAGCAGUAAGCAAUGGUCACUGGAACCUUCCCCCGGCGCAUUCAGAGAUAGCUGAAACACUCCAGAUAAUCUUAUAUACAAUGUUGGUUCCCUCUGCAGCAAACAGUGGCGAUGUUUAUUUGUGGAGGAAUCAAUCUGGUGGCUUCGGUCCAUCAUUCUCCUCUCGGGUCACAUGGGAGAGGAUUAGAGAUCACAGUCCAUCAGUUGACUGGUACAAGGUGGUUUGGUUUAAAGAGGAAAUUCCUCGUUGCUCAUUUAUCUCUUGGACUGCUUUCCUUGGAAGGCUUCCAACUAGAGAUCGAUUGAUUUCAUGGGGAUUAUCAGUACAACUAGGUUGUGUUCUAUGCUCUGUAGCUGAUGAGUCAAUUAGCCAUCUUUUCUUUCAUUGUUCCUUUGCAGCUGCUACUUGGACUCGUUUCUGUGGCAGGUACAUGGCGUCUCCUCCGGUUUCGUUAGCAGCGGUCGUCCAGCUCUGUCAGCGGAUACAAGGCCCCCAGGCUCCUCAUGCGGUUGCUGUACUGAAGCUCCUAAACCAAAUCAUCAUCUACUCUCUUUGGCGUGAGCGCAAUGCCCGCAUCUUCCAAGGCUUGUCUUCGAUUCAAGAGGCGUUCUUCCGAGUGGUGGAUCGUGCUAGGCGAGAUAGGCUGCUGUCAUUGUCUCGAACCACGGUGCCUGCUCCCUCUCCGACGUUGCUUGAGUUGUACUUUUGGUUCCUAUCCCCUUAUAGUUAA